AAUUCAAAACUGCCCCCUGAGGACUUGAUUGACAACAUCAUCACUAUGACAACGCCACACACCUGUCUUGAACUCCUCACCUGUCCUGCACAUCACACGUAUUACCGCAGGUGAGGUAUUGUUACCCGUCACGGGUCUGCUAUUGUUCUCCAACUACAUGUAGUAAUCACUGGACGAUUAGAGGCAGACUUUUUAUGCGUGAGUUGUCUUUACCAGUAAGUGAUACCGGUGUUACGAGACGUUUAUAUCGCCUGCGGACAAAUCCCCAUGUGAACGGAGUCACAACGCGUUUUGCAUACCCCACAACACUCGGAAGAAGACACAAGGUGUCCACUGCAACUACGCUUCCAGUAGAGCGUUUUAUGUACGUUUUAACGCGAUGUUUGCUUCGAAUUAGCCUCCACCAGGCCUUCCGAAGGGAGCAUGGAUCGUAGUAUUCGGCAAAAAGGGGAAUAGUCGGCCAGUAGAGUCAGUCCACGCAAGGGGCGGUUAAGAUUUUCCCCUCCGAACAUCGUAAGCUGUACUUCACUGACAAGUUUUCUUGUCUAGUUGGCCGAUUUUUACAAGUUUUCUAGCGACCAAUGGAUUCUGGUCACUAGAUUCGAGAUUCGAUCGUAUCUUGGAGGUGAAUUUUUCCUGACUUGAGCUAUGUCUGCUGCACCACCGAUGUCAAACGAUGGACAAGGCGGGCUGGUUGAGUUGUCCACCGGACACAGUAUGUCCCUACAGACUGCCCGCAUGAUGAACGUUUCGCUGCAGCGCCGCCUACACGACAAGGUGCAUCGGAUUGAACUGCAGCACCAAAAGACCCGUCUUGCCCACAACAUAGAGACUCGAGACCUAAAGGACCUACUUAAUGCAAUCAAGUCCCAACCUGUGGAAUACCUUGAUCCCCAAAACAACCCUCGUGCAAAACAGGAUAAGGGUAGAAACAGUCCUCGGCGACAGUCCACGCACAAUGCGAGUCAUAGACCUCAGAUUCCGAGAUUGCCACAAACGGCGGACCCAGAUUUGGCACGGAAACAGCCGAAUGCUACCGAAGUUACGGAAAAAGUGUCGUCCAUUCGCUGGCGUAAUGUAGCAGAAAGGACCCCACGGCUUGCAGCAAAUGGUAUGUCCCUAAAUGCAACGGAACAGACGAAAGCUCAGGACAAAACUGCACCUGAAAGAACGACUGGUUUGCAACCGGUAUUACCUGGGUUGUUUCCUGGCAAAAAUUCGAACAACCUACGGCUUUCUCCAACGAGAUCGACAAAUGAGCCUGUUCGAAGCGCGUCUGUUUCCAACAUGUACAUCAAAACACCAACGCCAGGAGGCGCCACUCAGUCAGUACCGACGCUAAGCUUCAUACAGCUCGCGUCACAAAUGAAGGCCUUCAGUCUGCCAAACCUGAGGAAACGGCCUGUGAAUAACAACGACAAACCGUCACAAAUCGCCAUGGCGACCAAACUGACGAGAAAGCAGAGGUGUGCGUCGUAUUCGGUUGGGAUGGAAGGGGAGGGGUCGACAAGUCCCGCCCCUCUGCGCCUGCCCUCAUUAGCCAAUGACACCAAGUGGAGCCUGUCUUUACGCAAAUGAUUGACAGCUCAUACAACUGACAAUGAUCAUGCUUGAACAGACCAAUCCUGUUGUCCAUCACAAUUAGCAAUUCAACCAAUGACAGCAUGGCUAUUAGCAGUUCAACCAAUGAGAGAGUGGCUGCAUGUCUGUCUAAUACAAUGUACUAGUAUAUGCAUUUUCAUUUUGUACUUCUGCUUGUUGAAGGAUAAGUCUAUUACCUUGAAACCACAACCAUGUUUUAUAUGGAAAAAGACUGUUGCGACCUAACAAUUACAUGCUGGCAUAUUUUGCUUUGAAUGCUACUCAGGCAAUAGUAAUUAUAUGAAUAAAAAGAUGUGUGUUCUUAACAUAUUAUUUACGUGUGCAUACUGACUAUGAUAUGUAAUACUAAUGCUAAGGGGAUGAGGUAUUUUUUGGGGAUACAGACUGUAAAAUAAAUAUCAAUAUUAACAUUUGUGCAAUGUUUACUAAUACAAUUAGAAAUGUAUACUAUAAAUGUAUUCAUGUAUGUAAAUUUGUUUACUUUUGUGGUGGUUCUAUUCUGCAGUACGAGGAAAAAGGAGAUUUACAAAGUGUUAAAUCUCUGGUUGAAGCAAUUGCGUAGUACAGCAGUUGUACUGUAAAAAGACAUAUUUGCGGCAUAAGGAAUUUACAGUGAAGAGAUUGCCUAAAAAACUACGAAAAUGAUGCCACCACAUGUUAAAAGAUGUGCAGUAUAUCAAUGACAUAGCAUGAUAGUAUAAGAAGGAAAUAAAAGCCAUGUUUUGUUGCUCAAAGCACCUCCUGUUUAUUUACUUUCAAGCAAAGAACAACUUUCCUAUCACAAAGGGUACCAAACAACCAUAGCUUUCAAAUGCUUGUAAGUUUUGCAUGGGAAAGACAGCAAAAGACGGAAUGUCAACAGUCAAAACCACAUGCUUAAACAAUAUCUUUUCAAUCUAUCAGAGAUUCCCAAUCCUUCUUACCUACUGAACUUACAAUUUGCACACUCCUCGAUAACUUUGUUCAUGAUGCCACAAUACUUUUUUUAAGUGUCUUCUCUCUAAGCUAAUCAUUAGUAUUUCUACACCACAGAAUAGAUAACAUGAAAAAGUGCA